UCCGCUCUUUCAUCGACGAUGUUAUCGUAUUCUCAAAGGACAUGAAGUCGCAUCUAGUAUCACUCAAUUUACUGUUCCAGCGACUGAAGGAGUAUGGUUUCCACGUCAAAGCUGAGAAGUGCCAUCUCUUUCAAACACAACUUGCCUAUUUGGGACACAUCGUAGAUAAAGAAGGCAUUCGUCCUAAUCCCGAGAAGUUGAAGAGCAUUGCUGAACUUCCUGCCCCGACAAACGUUCCCGAAUUACGGUCAUACCUAGGAGCGGUCAACUUCUAUGCAAGAUUCGUUCGCAACAUGCACGAGUUACGUCAUCCAAUGGACCAGCUGCUGAAGAAGGAAACAAAGUGGCAAUGGACUCCAGAGUGUCAACGCGCUUUUAAUCAAUUCAAGACAGCACUUCAGUCAAAUUUGCUGCUAACUCACUACGAUCCUAAGCUACCCAUCAUCGUAGCAGCAGACGCAUCAAAUACUGGAAUCGGUGCAGUAAUUUUUCAUCAGUUUUCCGAUGGAAAAAUAAAGCCCGUUCAACAUGCUUCAAGAACGCUCGCCCCCGCAGAGAGGAACUAUGGGCAACCUGAAAAAGAAGCACUCGCGUUAGUCUAUGCAGUAACAAAGUUCCACAAGUUUUUGCUAGGACGUCAUUUCACAUUGCUGACUGACCACAAGCCGCUACUGUCUAUUUUCGGUUCCAAGAAAGGCAUACCAAUGCACACGGCAAACAGACUGCAACGUUGGGCACUUACGAUGCUAAAUUACGAUUUUGAGAUUCAACAUGUAUCCACGAGCGAUUUUGGUUGCGCAGAUAUCUUGUCCAGGCUGAUUAACCGAACCAACCAACCAGAAGAAGAAUAUGUCAUCGCAGCACUCACUCUAGAGGAAGACUUAUCCAGUAUUCUUUCCGAUGCUACAGAAAAGGUUCCGGUUUCAUUUGCAGCAUUGCAGAAAGCAACAUCAACAAAUGUCACACUUCAAACUGUUAUCAAGCACAUUCGUGACGGAUGGCCUUCCUGCUCCAAGAAUCUUUCCACUGCUGCUCAACCAUAUUACAACAGACGAGAAUCGCUCAGCCUAGUUGACGGUUGUGUAAUGUUUGGCGACAGAGUCAUAGUUCCUGAGAUGUUCCGACGAAGGAUUCUGCAACAGUUUCAUCGAGGUCAUUCCGGAAUGGUACGCAUGAAGGCAAUAGCUAGAAGCUUUGUUUUUUGGCCCGGUAUCGACAAUGACAUUGAAGACUUCGUCAAACACUGCACGCCAUGUUUAUUAGCAGCCAAGACUCCUACAAAGACGACAUUAGAGUCGUGGCCGAUUCCUGCCAAACCCUGGUCCAGAAUACAUAUCGAUUACGCAGGUCCCGUAGAUGGUGUCUAUUUUCUAAUAAUAGUAGAUCCCUUCUCUAAGUGGCCUGAAAUACAUCCAACAAAAUCCACGACAACAAAAACCACCAUCAAACUACUGAUUCAAACUUUUGCAACAUUCGGCAAUCCAGAAGUAAUAGUGUCCGACAAUGGAACUCAAUUUUCCAGCCACGAAUUUCAAGAUUUUUGUACAGCUCAAGGAAUACGUCAUAUUCGUAUCGCUCCGUACCAUCCGCAAUCCAACGGUUUAGCCGAAAGAUUCGUGGAUACUUUGAAGAGAAGCCUUCGAAAAAUGCGCACGGGAGGAGAAUCACUCGAAGAAGCACUGUACACCUUCUUGAAUGUUUACCGCUCUACUCCAACCAGUGACUUGAACGGCAAAGCUCCCGCUGAAUUGAUGUUCGGCAGACCAAUACGUACCGUAUCGUCAUUGCUCAAACCGACUGAACGUUCCACUGACUCCACAUUCAGAAACAGAAAGAAUCAGAACAACUCAUUCAACAAAAAGCACGGCGCAGUCAAAAGGGCAUUUCAGCACGGAGAUACCGUCUACGUAAAGGUACAUCGAGCGAAUUCAUGGCAGUGGCAACCAGCAACUGUGAUCGAGAAAAUCGGAACCGUGAACUACAAUGUCUUCCUGGAGGAUCAACAUCGCCUGAUACGGUCACAUGCAAACCAACUCAACGCUCGAGUUCCUGAACCUAGUACAGUAGGUAACCCAACACCGCUUUCAGUAUUUUUCGAUGGUUUCGGAUUAACGGCUCCAAAAGCUCUCAAUGUUCCUGUUGACAACCCAGACCCCCAGUUGUUAGAAGAACCCGUGUUGGAUGAGUCCAAUGAAGCUAGCCUGACAAAUGAUUCUUCAGAAGAUGAAGUUGUGGGAAAUGAAGAAUCCGUACCUGUACAAUCAUCAACACCAAUCCUAGAGAGAGGUCGACGAAUGAUUCAACUUCCAGCCCGGUUCAAGCCCUACUGGAUGAUGAAACCUUGAAGGGGGAAAUGUUGGAUCAUAGCAACCAACGAUCAUAUAACAGCUGACAUGAAUCUCAUUUUAUUCAUUCAUUCUUUGAUUGACUUCCAAUAAAGUAACAGCUAGAAGUAUUCAAUCCGAAGUUUCAUUCCGGGAGUUUCCGGA